AUGGGCAACGGACACCGCAUCAUCCUUCCAGAGCGUGAGGUGCAAGCCGUGUACCCUCACUUCGUGUACGGGUACUGGAAGUCGUUUUCAGGCGGUCGUUGCGCCAAGACAGGAUUCGACAUGUUUCACCCAUUCUUCAUCCACGGCCAUCGCAUGAGUCGCGCCGGCCGUGUCGAGUACGAAGUCCAAUGGGUUGGUUACGACGAACUCGACACUACCUGGGAGAAAGCUCGAGAUCUGGCUAUGUGGUCUUCGGACCUCAAAGAUGAAUACGACAGCGCCAAUCAGCUGCAGUGA